GCAGCUGCGGCGCUGCAGCGGGAAGACAGUAUGAGUUGAGCCAGUGGGAGGGACGGAUCAUGACGCUCCUCCGCCUCUCACUGCGGUAAUGUUGGUCCGAGUCAAGUUGAAGACUCCGCAACUUCCCUCCCGCCUGCAGGAAUGUCUCUCAUGGCAUUUCCACUCGCAGUAAAAUAACCCUGGACAAUCAAAAUGUGGAGUGCGAGAUUUUGGGAUGGCAGGGCGCUGCUGUUCAUGGUGUGGCAAGCGGUGGUGCGCUGCGAGGGUCUGGCUGUGCGAUACAGCGCCGCAGAGUGCGAAAGUCAGGUCCUUAGUGAACGUGAGAGAGCGCUUACCUGCUCCCUCAAGACCCUGGACAAUGACAUGAGGGUUGCUAACUUGAGCGACAUCCCAGUGGAUAGUGUAGUGAAACUAUCCCUUAAGUGCAGUGAGGUGUAUUACUAUCAGAGUGUCUUAACGCCUUUCACUCUGUCGGGCUUCGUCAGAGUAAGAGAACUCAAUGUGGAGUAUUGCAAGAUUAGUGAAAUAGACGAUAACACAUUUAUAAACCUUAGAAAUUUAAGAAAUUUGACUUUACGGACUAAAAAUUCUGACUGGCCGGUGAUGAGUCUUACAGCUAAGCCAGAUGUGUUCCGUCCUUUGCAGCAGCUAGAGCGGCUAGAUCUAAGUGCUAACAAUAUCUGGGAGCUGCCAGCUGGCGCUUUCUGCCACCUUGCCACCCUCAAACUGCUCAAUUUAAGUCACAACCACCUACAAGAUAUCACGCAGCUGGGGUUCGGGGAAGGAGGAGGAGGCGUUGACAGAGGGACACUGUCUCCAUGCCGCUCUGAUGUCAGCUCUCUCGACCUCUCCAACAACGAUGUCACUGUGUUGGUGUCCGCCUCGCUACAGGGCCUAGGACGUCUCCAACACCUUUUCCUCCAACACAACGAACUCGGCAAAGUGGAUGACAAUGGUUUCCACGGUCUUAACAGUCUGCGUACGCUUGAUAUUUCCCACAACAGACUGGUAGCGUUGCCUGAGGACGCCUUCCUGCACACUCCUGGCCUCAUGUACUGUCGAGCUAAAAACAAUUCCCUCUCUGGACUAGCGCCGGGGCUCUUUCGUGGCUUAGAGCACCUAGUUGAGCUGGAUCUUUCUCAUAAUGAGCUCAAGUCUGAGUGGCUGACUUCUUCCAUCUUUCAAGGAUUAAUCCGCCUGAUGCUACUGGAUCUCUCUUACAACAAGAUCUCGCAACUAAACCAACAGGUCUUCCGCGAUCUUUACAACGUGCAGGUUCUCAGACUCUCGCACAACCAGUUGCAGACCCUGCCUACGGCAGCAUUCUCAGCCUGCGUCAACCUACACACUUUGGAUUUAUCCUACAAUCAGUUAACAAGUAUCCCAGACAGAGCGUUCCAGGGAGUUAAUGUACUGAGUUUCCUAGCGCUGGAUAACAACCAGAUCAGCGACGUUGGCGCAGCAUCACUCAGCAACCUCACAAGUCUGGAAGAUCUUAACCUUAAUGGUAACCAACUGACGGUAAUUCCUGCAGAUGUGGGUCACCUGCGGUACCUCAAAACACUAGAUCUCGGAGAGAACCAGAUCACCUCCUUGGAAAACAUACCCGUCAAGGGCCUACAGUUCCUGUACGGGUUAAGGCUCGUCAACAACAAAAUUAGUGGCAACAUUACGAAAGAUACGUUCAAUGAUAUACCUUCCCUCAAAAUACUAAAUUUAGCAAAGAAUUCUAUAACGCAUAUUGAAAGUGGAACCUUUGAUAAUAAUCUGAACCUUCAAGCAGUUCGACUCGAUGCAAAUAUGCUUACAAGUUUUAGCAAUUUAUUUGAAAACCUUCCGAAUUUAGUGUGGUUAAAUGUGUCUGAUAAUACCAUAGAAAUGUUUGAUUACCAUUUUAUUCCUGUGAGUCUACAGUGGUUAGAUCUACAUAAAAAUAAAAUAAGUGAAUUGGGAAAUUAUCUUGAACGUCACGAUUUAAAUUUGCAAACUCUGGAUGCUAGUUUUAAUAAAUUGCAAUAUAUAAAUAGCAUCCAAAUCCCAGAUAGUGUGCAGUUGUUAUUUUUAAAUGACAACAGGAUAUCAGUGGUUGAACCUUUCACUUUCUUUAAGAAAGCUAAUUUGACUCGUGUGGAUCUCUUCGCUAACCAGCUUUCUAAGAUGGACAUGUCAGCCUUGAGAUUGUUAGAACUUCCGGCUAACAAGUCCUUGCCGGAGUUCUACCUUGGAGGCAACCCCUUCGUCUGUGACUGCAAGAUGGAGUGGUUGCAGAGGAUCAAUGGCUUGGAGCAUGAACGCCAAAACCCUCGCAUCAUGGACCUGGAGAGCAUUUACUGCCAGAUGCCCUUUGCUCGCACGGGAGCCUUCAUAGCUCUUGUGGAAGUCAAUCCUUCACAGUUCCUCUGUCAGUACGAGACUCACUGCUUCGCUCUGUGCCACUGCUGCGAGUUCGACGCCUGUGACUGUGAGAUGACGUGUCCUGAUGGCUGUGGGUGUUACCACGACCAGUCGUGGAGAUCCAAUAUUGUGGAUUGUUCACUGCAGGACGUGCAACAAGUGCCAGAACGCAUCCCAAUGGAUGCCACGCAGGUUUACCUUGAUGGUAAUGAUCUUAGGAACCUCUCCUCCCACUCAUUCAUCGGACGUAAGCAUCUUCAAAUUUUGUACGUGAAUGCUUCUAAUGUCAAAACACUUGACAACGGAACUUUCAGUGGACUAACACGACUGACUGCACUGCAUCUGCAGGACAAUCUAUUGGAGGCACUAAGAGGCAACGAGUUCCAGGGGCUGCAAGGAGUGAGGGAACUGUACCUCCACAACAACCAUCUACGGUACAUUCAUCAACAUACCUUUGCAACACUCUCUCACCUUGAAAUCCUGACACUCCACAACAACCAACUGAUCAACUUCCCCGUGUGGCGACUAGUGGACAAUCCCUACCUCAGCCGCGUCUCCCUCAGUGCCAACCAGUGGUCAUGUCAGUGUCAGUUCGUCGAAUCCUUCGGUAUCUGGCUCACAGGGAACGAGCGUAAAGUCUCUGACGGCCGGGAUAUCAAAUGCUACACUGACGAGUCUGAGGAGGAACCUGGAUUGUACAUCAUGGAUUUCAAUGCCACUACCUGCAUGAAUACCACUUCCUCGUCUACCGUCAUACAACCCAUCGUUCUGGACAACUUGUUGCAUCCAGUGAUUGCCACAUGUGUCGCCUUUGUGGUGAUAGUUCUGCUGAUACUAUGUGUCCUGUAUCGCAGUACUAUACGAGUGUGGAUCUACUCUCACUGUGGCUUCAGGAUGUGUCACAAGGCUACCAACACUGAUGACAGGGACAAGUUGUUCGAUGCCUUUGUCUCCUACAGCUCCAAGGACGGGUGGGUGAAUCAGGUCCUCGCUGGGGAGCUCGAGAGAGGCGAGAGGCCCUAUCGUGUCUGUCUUCACUACAGGGACUUCCCGGUCACUGCCUACAUCGCAGACACGAUAGUAGAAGCAGUGGAAUCUUCCCGCCGCACCAUCAUUGUCCUCUCUAAAAAUUUUAUAGAGAACGAAUGGUGUCGAUUCCAGUUCAAGAGUGCCCAUCACGAAGUAUUUAAGAAGAGACGGCAGCGUCUGAUUGUCAUUGUCUUAGGGGAGAUCCCUGCGAGAGAUCUGGAUCCUGAUCUCCGCCUCUACCUCAAAACCAACACCUGCAUUCACGCCAGUGAUAAACUCUUCUGGGAUAAGCUGAGAUUUGCAAUGCCAGACGUGCAAAACAGUCAACGAGUGGUACACACCUACAGUUCAAUCCCGGAGAGGUCCUCCUCCACCACCAACAAGUACAGUGUUAACAGCCCAGCGUCUAUACACCAUAACCUUCACGGGGGAUCCGAUGCUUACUGGGCGUAGGACACUGAAGGGCUCUGCUUAUAAAUGUCCGCCUGAGUUCUGUUUAUAAGUCUACAAGAGGGCGAUGUUUCAUUGUAUAUUUAUACAUGAUAGAGCUCUGUGGUUACAUAGAGUUCCGAUGGAAGAGUAUGUAUCAGGCUCUAUUUGUAAGAGCCAAGUGCCAUGGGCUCUGCACCAGUGUUUUAUAGUGUUAAAACAGAGCCCUUUAAGUGUGCCAAGUGGCUGUGUUGAACGAUAUAUGCGAGAGAUAUAUAAAGCUUUAAAGUGACAAGUGUUAAAGUGGUUGAUUCCUAUCUGAAAUGUCCAGAAAUACUAAAACAAACCAUUGAAACGUACGCCAUGAAAAUUUCUGCAAACCUAAUUGAGCCUAGCAAGUGUUGCGUGUGAAAAGGGGGGGGGUUAAACCCUAAUUUGUACAUUAUGGAGGUUUGUAUAUGUUAUUUAUCUCCAUCAAUGACCAUACAACAUCUAGUCAUAUAUAUUAUGUAUGAAAUUCAAGACCUGGCUAGGCUCUAAUUCCUUUUAAAAUAACAAUCUUUAUAUACAACGAACAAUCGUGUCAGCAAACCUUUUUUAAUGGCAACUAUCUACUGUUCAAUGCUUCUUUUGUAAGUGUGCUGAAGGGGGGAAAAAAAUCAUACAACUCGGGUCGGUAUUGUGUCAUUGUCACUAAACGAAAAACAAGAAUGCAAAUUUUUUUUUUAAUAUGCAUAACUGUUGUGGUGUGUGGGUGUGGUGAUCAUACAGGCGAGCAGUUACUAGCUUAUCCAAGAACAAUCCUAUAUUAAGAAUAUUUUGUGUGUUUUGGACAUUCUGGGAAAAAUAUCGUUCAUUUCAUGCACAGAGAGUGAGAGAUAGAGAGAAAUAUUUUCAUAUAUAUAUAUAUGUCGAGCCGAAUAGGUAAAACUGGUCAAUUACCAAGAACUCAUUCAAAAUUAAGUCCUUUCUAAAAUUUUCUCUUAUACGUUUAAAGAUAUAUUUUUUUCAUUAAUGUCGAUGUAAAAAUUUAUAAUUUUGCACCAAAAGGAACUUAGAAAACUUACCUGACCUUAUAACAAGAACUAAAUAUAUUUUAGAUUUGUUUACAAUAAUUUAAUACUAAACAAACACAGUGAAAUAUAUUUUUUUCGUUAGGUUCAGAAUGAUUUUGGCAAAAUUAUUGCAUACACAAAUUUUCACUUGUCCUAUAUGGCAAGAUGAACGUUGCUAUUUAAGCCAAGAUGGCAAGUUCUGCCUAUUCGGCACGACA